AUGGGGCGCUCUGUAGGAGCCGAGACGAAGGGCCAGACGCCAGGCCAGGGUGGUACCGGGAAUACAGCUCAGAAGCUCGGAUGGACACAGACGACACCGCGGUGGACGAGAGAUGGCAGCGCGGAAUUGGACAAGCAAAAGUCGUGGGAAACUGAGGAAAGGAAAUCGUCGAGGAGGAGACGGAGGGGGGGGACGAGGCGAGCGACCGGCGGAGAUGAGAGGGAGGUGGGCUGGGGCAGCGAGCCAGGCACAGAAAACGGAAGAGAUGCGACAGUCGGUGCGCGUGGUCGAGAGAAGUGCGCGCGAGUGCGAGAGUGCGAAACUGAGGCUCGGCGAAAGGAGAGAGAGAACGGGGAGACAAGAAAAAAGGUUGGGACGUGGAUAACGGUGGACAGGACAGGGAAACAGGGGGCAGGGGGCAGGGGGGCAGGGUGGAGAAGAGAGAAGGUGCGGAGCAAGGUGUGCGCUGGUGCCCAAGUGCAAGGAAGGAGCAAAGGGCGACGGGAGAGGGCAAGAACGGGCGCAAACGGGCAGGCAAGAACGACGAACAGAAAGGAAAGAGUUGGGCAGGAGCGACCGCCGUAA